AUGAAUGAAAACAAAGAUGUAAACGUUGACGAUAAACUUGCCCAGAGCAUAGUCGAUGGUAUUAGUGAUUUUGAAGUACAUAAUGACAGUGGAAACAUGAAUUUAGAAAAAGAAAUAACAUUAUUCACACUGUUUCAAGCUAUUAAUUCGUUACCUAAUCAUUUAAUUAAUGAAGCAUACGAUAACGUUUAUAACUUCUGCAGUUUAACAGAAAAUGCUAAAAGUAAUUUUGAAAAAGCACGUAGUAGAUAUGCACAUUUCAUGACUUCUCCAUUUGUUUUAGUGAAGAUUCUAAAACUAUAUCAAAAAGAAUAUUAUGAUGAAUACGUUUUACCUUUAUUACGUAAGCCAAAAAUAACAUUUGAUAUAAAACUUGAUGACUCGUUUUUGAUAACAGAUAUUAGACGCAAGGCUGAAAAUCAUCAGUAUAAAAACAGUUCUGAAGUAAUUGAGGAUUUAUCACGUGUCAUCCGUUUUGUAGAUUGUGGAAAUAAAUAUUUCAUUCAAAAGGACUAUAAUAUCCACGACAAAAUGAAUCAAAUAUCAUUCGUUCUUCAAUCAAACAUGAAAGAGUCACUUAAAAUGAUUAAAUUAUUUAAAGAAGAAGGUAAAACAAUAACAGCAUGGGAUGUACUACUAAAUCAAUUAUCCUCAUUAACCGUUAAGGGUGUUUGCUUUAAAUCUGAUUCUCCAGAUGUUUUCUCAACGUUUCAAGGUUAUAAAUACAACAUUCUCGAAAAACCAGAUUACUCAAAAAUUGAGAUGUUUAUGAAUUUCAUUAAAGAAGCCAUUUGUGAUAAUAACGAUGAAGUGUAUAAAUACCUUCUCGGCUGGAUUGCAUCAAUGAUUCAACAUCCUGGAAUCAAGAAUGAAACAGCAAUUAUUUUGAAAGGACUUCAGGGAACAGGUAAAAACAGAUUCACAGACAUUAUUUCUGAACUUCUCGCUGGUUAUUCAUGUAAAAACAUUACCGAAAUAGGUGAGCUAACGGGUAAUUUCAAUUCAGUAGUUGAGAAUAAAAUGUUUCUUGUACUUAAUGAACUCAAGAAUGUAGGUGAAGAUAGACUCGCAAACUUCAACGCUUUGAAAUCAAUUAUUACGGAUAAUCAAAUAAGAAUUAAUGAAAAGAAUCAACCCAGAAGAACUGCUCAGAAUGUUGCCAAUUUCAUUUUGGUAACUAAUAACGUCUACCCUGUCAAAAUUGAAGUUGGAGACAGAAGAUACGUAGUUUUAAGAGUUAAUGGUAAAUUCAAGGGUCAAUUUGAUUAUUUCAAGAAUUUAAUGGAUUCAUGCACAAAGGAAUUUUAUGAUAAUUUACUGACGUAUUUUAUGCAAUAUGACCUUUCAUCAUUUAACGUACGAAUCAUACCGAUGACUGAAGCCAAACAAGAUUUAAUAGAAUUAUCAACAAAUCCUUUAGAUGAAUGGAUAAAUACACAUUAUGAUGAAUUGUGUGCAGGUAUGACGUGUAAAAAUGCUCUAUGCUGCAAACCAUCAGACAUGAAAGACAAAAACUUUCAAAUGAGCAUUAAGGAUAAAUGUGAUAGGAAACAGAGAAGAAUAGAUGGUAAACAAACAUGGUGUUAUGUUUUGAAAGAAGAAAUGAAAGGAUUAUAUAAACAGGUUGAACCAAACGAUAAUGAGGAUUCAUUUACUGACGAUGAAAUACCUGUAAAUGAGCCGCUAAGCGGCGAGACCUGA